ACGUAUGUAUUUUCCAGAAAUUUUCUUCGAGCUUAGCUUUCUUCUCAUAAGAUCUACGGAGUAAUAUAAAAUCUGUGCUUCUCCUUCGACGAUUAGUUUGGUCCAUUUUCUUCACCAAAGAAAUUAUAUUUAGACGCAUUUUAAGCCCACAGUCUACCUUAGUAAAGAAAAGAGAGAGAGAAGAAGAAGAAGAAGAAGAAGGGUUUUUGCUUUCUAUGAGAUUAAUUUUGUUUUAAAUUUUGGGAAAAUGUUUAAAUUUGAUAAAUUGGCAUUGUUGGUAGUAUUGUCCUGCGCAAUCUUGCUGCCAAUUUCAGAGUGUGCAAAGAAGGCAGUGGGUGCGGCUAGAAAAGAAGACAUUCCCUAUAUUAAAUGCCAGGUCUGUGAGAAGCUGGCAAAUCAGCUACACCGCCAAGUUCAGAGCAAACAAGCUGAGAUCUCACCCAAGAAGAUUUCGGAGUACCAGAUAAUAGAAAUUUCAGAGAAUGUGUGUAAUUUGAAGAAGCAAGAAGCUGAUUGGAUCCUCAAAAUUGAUAUUGUAGAACAAGGUGAUAAAUUGGAGCUUGUUGAACAAGAUGCUGAGGGACAAUGUAAUUCGAAGUGUAAAACUAUUGAACAUGCAUGUCAAGAGGUUAUGGGCUUCUCUGACACUGAUGUAGCAGAAUAUAUGUACACACACAAACCUGAUCUUGAUUCUCUGUUUACAUUCCUAUGCAAGGACUUGACCAAAGCAUGUAAUAGGAAGCCACCACCUGUUCCCAAGGAUAGGACUCCUGGAGAACCAUUUGUUCCAAAAUCCUCAAAAGAAGCAGAAAUGGAGAGGCUAAUGAAAUCCAUGGAGGGCAUGCCAGGAGCACCAGGCAUGAAAAUGUACUCAAGGGAAGAUCUGAUGAACCAAAAUUUUGGUGAUGAAGAUGCUGACGAAGAUGACGAUGAUGAGGAUGACUUCCCAAAGAAUUUGGGGAAAGCUUUUAAAGGAAAAACAGAAACUAAAAAGAAGAUGGAUUGGAAGGAGAAUAUCAUCAAAGGGUUCCAAGAAGCAAGCACGACCGUGAAGAGACACGCGAACAAGGUCUCUUACAGGUUAGCCAAGUGGUGGAAAUCAAAGAAGGAACAGUUCCAGAAGAGGUCCAAGUCCAGUGAAACUGAACUGUAGUAUAUGAACUGCAGCUGUAAUUUUUUUUUCUUUUUCUACUACCCGUUUUUUUACUAUGAUUUCUCAACAGUUUUACCGUGCUCCAUUCGACCCAAAAUAUCACAAGUUCACCUAGUGAUGGGCAUGUGGGAAUAUAACGGGUUUGAACGGUAAUGUCACGAGCUAAGAAGUAAAAUGAGUAUUCUCAUGCAUGAGAAUGCAUGGGAAGUUUACUUUGGGACGAACAAAAAAGAAAGGAAAAUGAGUACUGUAAUUUAUUUUGGAACGAAGGGAGUACAGAACAUAAAAUCUAGAAUAAAUUCCAACUUUCGUUGAGAUUUGAAUGGAUGGAUGAUUAAAGUUGUGUUGUUUGUUAUCAACCAAGUGGAGUCCUUUUUUAUUGGAUUGAACUUUUAAAUGUA